AUGUGUCAUUCACAAGAUGAAUCUUCCGAUCUGUCAGAACUGGUAAUAGCGUUGGCCAUAGUCAAACACCGAAACCCCACAUUAUGGAAUGAAGUAAUAUCAAACUAUGUGUGCAACUCAAAUUCAGUUCAUGCUCUUUCCAAGUCGGCAAAAUUGCAGGUUUCUGAUGGUACGUCAGCGGCUAAGAAAGCACAAGGAAAUGCUAGCAUAACGCUAGCCCAUGUAGAGCCUUACCUCUAUAAGUAUGUGUUGAGUGGUAGUAGUGGUUAUUUAGAUUCUGUUUCGCAGUUUUUAAACGGCCAUCGCCUUCGCUUUAGAGAACUAGUGGCAGAUCUCGACAAGGUAGAGGCGCUGACUUCCGAUUUGCCAAACUCGAUGAUCAGCAAAGAAAUCGCUCCAAAUUACAAGGUUCUGAAGUGGCUAUGUGCAGUCAGCUCACCAACGAAGGAACGCUGUUUCACAGCUGUCCAUGUUGUUCAGACUUUUCAGCUUGUACUUGUUUCAUACUACGCCUUCUCGGUGGAUGUCAAGAAGACGGUUAUGGAUGUAUGCCAAGGUUUCAUCUAUAAAUUCAUCAAGCUCGAAGUCGUCGGAUUCGGAUCAUCUAAUCCAAGAGUAAUUAAGCUCCUGCGCAGUCACACUAGUUUGGACUCUGUGGAGGUGGGCCACAGAAGUUUUAACAAGUUGUGCAAUAACCACAUAAAACUGAUCAUUCUCAUUGUCAAGAUCUUCAUUCACAAAGAGAGGUAUUCUGCGGUGAUAGAUAUCGUGGGUUUUGUAUUGAAGGUCAUUGAAAGUUUGGUCGUCUGUCUCAUCAAGCUUGAAUGUCCUUCAAACAGCCGUGACACCCGUAGGGCGUUUGAGGAUAUAUACAAAACGCGGUCAACCAAGAUGAGUUACAAAAUGGUGACUGAAAUAUUAAAUGCAUCCCAUCAUCUUAUAGUUGGUGAAGCAGUUAAAAGAAUUAAAAUCUGCUUAGAAUUUUGCCUCACUUUGAUUGGGUCUUUGAAUCUCAGAGCUACGUUUGGCGACAAUAAACUUCGUGGUUUUCAGUUUCUUCAGGAGUAUCGACAAUACAUUUUGAGUGGUUUCCUGACACUUGACAACUUGGAGUUAACCACCAAAUUUUUGCACAUUGCUUGGCCUGAAGUUAAAGAAUAA